CUCUAUAGUAUAACGUAUUUUACAUAGCUUUAUUGAAAGAUUGUGUUGAAUUAAAGAGAAAACAAAAUCUGACGGUUAUUAAUUAAGGUUAUUUCCUUUUUCUUGUAAAACAAUGUUUAAAAUUAAAAAGCAUGAUCUUCUCUGCACUGAUAAUGAACGUAAUCGCACUUCCAGAUAUAGAGGCUGAGAUUGAGUGCCUGUUUUUUUUCUUAUAUAAAGCGAGAAAGGUUCCAUGGUUUGUUUCGAUAUUCUAAGAAUAAUAAUAAUAAUAAUAAUAAUAAAAUGUCUGCUGAAAACGAUACCUUCAAUGCUUGGGCCGGUGUUGCCAAAGAUCAACCUCUUGAAAGGGUUCAACUUCAAUUAAGACAAUGGACAGAAGAUUGUGUCGAAAUGAACAUCACUCACUGUGGUAUUUGUGCUAGUGAUGUCCACACACUUGAAGAAGGUGAAGAAUGGGGAUCCACAAACUAUCCUUGUGUUGUUGGUCAUGAAAUCACUGGUAUUGUUACAAGAGUUGGUAAAAAUGUUACCCAUUUAAGGGUUGGUGACCGUGCUGGUGUCGGUGCUCAAUGUGGUUCUUGUCAUGAAUGUGACCAUUGUAAGUCUGGUAACGAAAACCUUUGCUUCCGUAAUAUGGUUACUACUUACAACUCCAAGUGGGAAAAUGGAGAUAAAACCUAUGGUGGUUAUGCUGAUAAAUGGAGAGGUGAUUGUCGCUUUGCUUUUAAGAUCCCUGAUCAUUUGUCAAAUGAAGUAGCUGCCACAUUCUUCUGUGCUGGUGUCACUACUUAUGCUCCCUUAAAGCGUGCAAAUGUCAAUUCUGAAUCUACUGUUGGUAUUAUGGGUCUUGGUGGUUUAGGCCAUUAUGGUGUCCUUUGGGCCAAAGCCAUGGGUGCCAAGGUGGUUGCUAUCUCUAGCGGUGAUCAUAAGCGUGAAGUUGCCAAGGAACUUGGCUGUAAUGAUUAUAUUAAUUCCCGUGACCCUGAAGAUUUGAAGAGAUACACAAAGAAGUUUUCUCAUAUUCUUUGUACUGGCUGUAGCUCUGAUUUUGAAUGGUCUACUUACCUCGCUCUUAUCCGUGGUAAUGGUUACUUCCUUAACGUCAAUGCUCCUCGUUGGAAGUUCCCUGCUAUCUCACCUUUUGUUUUGUUGAUGAAUCAAUGUUUUAUUCAUGGUUCUGCUAUUGGUUCUCCUGCUGAAAUUGAAGAUAUGCUUAAAUUUGCAGAAAAAAAACAAAUCAAACCUUGGCUCCAAAAGUAUUCUAUGAAAGACGUAAACAAGGCUCUUGAAGAUUUCAGAGCUGGUAAGCCUAGAUUCAGAUUUGUAUUGGAAAACUAG